GAAUGCGGCCCGAGAAUGCGGACGGCCCUUCUCCUGUUGCCGGGCGACCACGGACACACUUGGUGUUGGGGAGCAAGGCUGCAGGGCCGGGAGGCCCAGUCCAUGGGGGACCACUGGCUGAGUUCACUCAACAACCGCCACGGCUCAGAGGCCAAGGGCAGGUCAGAAAGGGGGCAGGAUGAUGACACCCCCAGCCCCCUCGGCGCCAUGUACCAGCACCGAGGCUCCAAGCACAUGGACGCCGGGGAGCUGGGGUCCCACGACCAAGAGGAGGAGAUUCCCCCCGAGGAGGUGUCCGGAGAGGAGUUCCUGGACACCCGGGGCCCGGGAGAGGCGCUGCCCGGGCUGGAGAAGGAUGAGGAGGCUGUGUCCGAGAUGAGCCGGCUGUCGGUGUCCCAGAGGCUCCCGGGCGCGGCCGCCAUGCGAGGCAGGAAGAAGAGAAGGCGGCUCCUGGAGCUGGCGAAACCCAAGACCAACUGGCAAGUGCUGAGGGACAGCACGGCCCGCCGCUGCCAGGGCUUUGCCUGGAUCUCCCCGCGCUUGUGGAGCCUGCAGGUCUGUGUCUACUGGCCAUCCACGUACUGGACGGAGAGGUUUCUCGAGGACACCACCCUCACCGUCACCGUGCCCGUGGUGUCCCGCCGGGUGGAGGAGCUGGCCCGACCGAAGAGGUUCUACUCGGAGUAUUACAACAGCAGCAGGACCACCCCCAUCUGGCCCAUUUCCAAGGCCACCCUGGAGUGCCAGCCGUCCAGCCGCCUGCGGGAGCUGGCCACCCCGAAGGUCCGGAACAACAUCUGGAGCCUCAACAUGUCCGAGGUGUCCCAGGUGUCCCGGGCCGCCCAGAUGGCCAUCCCCAGUCCCAGGAUCCUCCAGCUGGCUAAGCCCAGGGCUCCAGCCACCCUGCUGGGAGAGUGGGACCCCGUGCUGAAGCCCAAGCCCCACGUGUCAGACUACAACCGCCUCCUCCACUUGGCCACGCCCAAGGCCCAGUCGGACCAGUGUGUUCCUGACCGAGACCCACGCUGGGAGGUGCUGGAGGUCACCAAGAGGGCAGUGGCCAGUCCUCGCGUCGUCUCCCUGGCGAAGCCCAAGGUGCGCAGGGGCCUGAGCGAGGGCUACGACCCCUACCGCAUCUCCCCGGCCUCCCUGGUGGCCCAGGCGUCCCCUCGCCUCUACGAGCUCGCCACCCCCAAGAGCAUCACCAAAAAAGUGUGAGUGACCCAGGCCCGGCCUCUGAGGCCCGUUCCCAGUAAACACCAAGUGCAUCUGAA